GCAUAACACCACACACACACACACACACACACACACACACACACACACACCUCUUUCUUGUCUGCCACCACCAUCCCUUCUGCUUGAUAUCCAUCUUGUCCUGAUCCGUGUACUGUGUGUGGUUUUUUUGCGUCCUCUCAAUCCUUUCACCAUUCAUUCACGCCUACUCUCAUGUGCAGUCCUGUUUUGGUUCUUUGCGUUAUCCAGCUCCAGACAGAAAAGCAAUUUUUUAUUUUUUAUUUUUUGGAUGAGAGAAACACUCUCAAGACAGCCUUUGACAGUUUUGAAGAAUUUCUUGACUGAUACAAGCGGGACGAAUGAGGACAGAGUCAAUAAUUUAAUUUAUUAUUUUUACGCAUCAACAAUCGCACGUAGACUGGAGAGGAUAAAGCUGAAAACGCAUUGUGGUUGUUUUUUUUUCUUUGGAAAGCCUUGCGGGAGGUGUCGCCUCGUUGGAACACUGGGAAUUUAAUAAGAGCAACUAAUCCCAUAGUGUUAAGUUUGCUGAGGUAAGGGGAGGGGGGUACCUGUCAGAAAAAAAUAGAGGCGAAGAAGACGUGGAAAAGCUACGCGUCAUUUCCAAGACACCAGCGCAACAAGGCAACACCAUUACACCAGCCUGCUGUGUGAAUGGCACACGGGGUGUCUUCUUCUGUUGAGCUGGUGCAGGGUAUCCACGCUGUGACCAGAGUCCAGCUGAGAUUCAGGGCUUUCGAGCGAUAUGAAAGAUAAGUUCAUCUCCUGAGGCCACAACUUCCACACUGAGCUGACUCACUGACAGCUGCACCCAGAGGUUUGCAUAGACCUUCACAUGAGACGUGGCUUGAACUCCGGCAUCAGAAGACCCCGAGCCCAAUCAUGUUUCUGCACAAGCGUAUCCUGAAUUUAACUCCGUCUUUCACGCCAUGUAUGUUCAUCUCCAUGCUGGUUCUUCUCCCAGGCGUCACUCAUUUCUCCCAGGGCAGCGCCAGCCAUGAAGAUGCUGGCGGCACACCAGGCAACUGCUCCAGUAAAAAUAACUGCUCCGAUGGUGUCGUGCUGCCCAUGUGGAACCCUCAAAACCCUGCGGUGGGAGACAAGGUGGCACGUGCCAUUGUUUACUUUGCAGCCCUCAUUUACAUGUUCCUGGGGAUGUCCAUCAUCGCGGACCGCUUCAUGUCUUCUAUCGAGGUCAUAACCUCUCAGGAAAAAGAGAUCACCAUCAAGAAACCCAACGGCGAGACGACGACGACAACUGUGCGUAUCUGGAACGAGACAGUAUCCAACCUGACUCUGAUGGCACUGGGCUCAUCUGCACCAGAGAUCCUGCUGUCUGUCAUCGAAGUGGUCGGCCAUAAUUUUGAAGCUGGGUCUUUGGGUCCCAGUACUAUCGUGGGCAGCGCAGCGUUCAACAUGUUCAUUAUCAUCGCUAUCUGUGUCUACGUGGUGCCAGAAAAUGAAGUCCGCAAGAUAAAGCACCUGAGGGUGUUUUUCGUCACUGCUGCCUGGAGCAUGUUCGCCUACGUCUGGCUCUAUCUCAUCCUGUCUGUGUUCUCCCCCGGAGAGGUGGAGGUUUGGGAGGCUGUCCUCACCUUCUUCUUCUUCCCUCUUUGUGUGCUGCAAGCCUGGAUUGCAGACCGACGUCUUCUCUUCUACAAAUACGUCCAUAAGCGCUAUCGUGCCGACAAGACCCGUGGAAUCAUCAUCGAGUCAGAGGGAGACGCCAUGUUCACCAAAAUGGACUUGGAGAUGGACGGCCAGGGUGUGAACUCCCACACUCACCCCAAAGAGGCUCUUGAUGGGAUGCUUGAAGGGGUGGAGGAAGGUGGAGGGAUGAGUGCGGAGCAAGAUCAAGAGGAAGAGGCCCGACGGGACAUGGCUCGCACACUUAAGGACUUAAAACAGAGGCACCCAGAAAAGGACAUGGAGCAGCUGAUUGAGAUGGCCAACUACCAAGUACUUGUCCAACAACAGAAGAGCCGGGCCUUCUAUCGCAUUCAAGCCACGCGCAUGAUGAUCGGAGCUGGGAACAUCUUGAAAAAGCAUGCCGCUGACCAAGCCAGGAAGGUGGUGAGUUGCCAUGAGGCCAGCGGCCAAGAGGAGGAUCCAAACACCAUCUACCUGCAGUUUGAGCCCUCUUACUACCAAUGCUUCGAGAACUGUGGCUCACUAAAGCUGUCAGUGACUCGGCACGGAGGAGAAAGCGGCUGCACUGUGAAGGUGGAUUACCGUACAGAGGAUGCGACUGCCAACGCCGGCUCAGACUAUGAGUUUGCUGAGGGCACUUUGGUCUUCAAGCCUGGCGAGACAACAAAAGAGUUCACUGUUGGCGUAAUUGAUGAUGAUAUCUUUGAAGAGGAUGAGCACUUCUAUGUGCGCCUAAGUAAUCCGCGCAUCGUGCACCGAGCUGAGGUCUCCGUCCUGGAGCCGAGCUCCAUCACCUCCAGCAACAGCACGGUGGGAAUCUCUUCCCACGUUCCUCCAAAGGCAGCCCUGGGCAACGCUCACACCGCCACGGUUACCAUCUAUGAUGACGACCACGCUGGCAUUUUUACAUUUGAGAAUAACUCCAUGAGGGUCAGCGAGAGCGUUGGCAACAUGCAGGUGAAGGUUCACCGGACGUCCGGGGCGAGGGGGAAGGUGGCGGUGCCAUACCACACCGUCGAGGGCACCGCCAAGGCAGGGGAGGACUACGAGGAGGUGUCCGGCAAGCUGGAGUUUCAGAACGACGAAACCAUGAAGCUGCUGAAUGUGAAGAUCAUCGAUGACGAGGAGUACGAGAAGAAUAAGAUUUUCACCAUUGUGUUGGAGGAGCCCAUCCUGCUGGAGGUGGGACAGAGACACGGAGACACCAAUGAUAACAAGACAGCCGUGGGCCCGGAGGACGUGUCAAAGAUGGGAUGCCCCUGCCUGGGCGAGCACACUAAGCUGGAGGUAGUCAUUGAGGAGUCUUAUGAAUUCAAGAGCACAGUGGAUAAGCUGAUCAAGAAGACGAACUUGGCUCUGGUGGUGGGGAGCAGCAGCUGGAGAGAGCAGUUUGUUAGCGCUGUCACUGUCAGUGCAGGUGACGACGAUGAGGAAGAGAGCGGUGAGGAACGCUUGCCAUCCUGCUUCGAUUACAUUAUGCACUUCCUGACGGUUUUCUGGAAAGUCCUCUUCGCUUUCGUCCCGCCCACCGAGUACUGGAACGGCUGGGCCUGCUUUUUUGUGUCCAUCUCCCUCAUUGGCGUCCUGACAGCUGUAACCGGGGACUUGGCCUCCCAUUUUGGCUGCACCAUCGGUCUCAAAGACUCGGUCACCGCUGUGGUGUUCGUGGCCCUCGGCACCUCUGUUCCAGAUACCUUUGCGAGUAAAGUGGCUGCAAUCCAGGACCAAUACGCCGACGCCUCUAUCGGCAACGUGACGGGCAGCAACGCGGUGAAUGUGUUCCUCGGCAUCGGUGUGGCGUGGACCAUCGCGGCCGUUUACUGGCACACCAAAGGCGUGCCGUUCAAGGUGAACCCGGGCUCCCUGGCCUUUUCCGUCACCCUCUUCACCAUCAUGGCGUUGGUGUGCGUGCUGGUGCUGCUCUACCGCCGGCGUCCCACCGUGUCCGGCGGAGAGCUCGGGGGCCCACGGACACCCAAGCUCCUCACCCUCUUCAUGUUCCUCUCCCUCUGGUUCAUCUACAUCCUGUUGUCCUCCCUGGAGGCGUACUGCCACGUGCCUGGCUUCUGAGACUAAGGGAAACGCACAGACACGGCUCCUCUCUUGUUUUUACAGUCUACUGAAUCUGUUUUCUCUCUGUUUUUGUCUAUUUUCACAAAAGUUUAUAUCUAUUUGUAUCAUUAGUUAUUACUGAUACCGCACAAUAUCUGAUUGACUUUGAAUCUUUGGACUUUGGAACUUUGCUACCACCCACUAUGCUGUGAAGUAUAGCUUUAGCCACUGAAAUUGAACCUCUUCUCAACUUUGCUUUCACUUUUUUUUUUGAAACAUUAUGUUCCCCUUGGACAUUUAUCUAACCAUUGCUAUCGGCAUAAAUCACAUCAAACCUUCUGUCACUAACCGUGGACAAUUAUUUGAGUUCUUCAGUGUUAAGAAAGCACAAGAUUAAAGCAAGUAUUCAAAAGAUUCCUUGUACUUUGAGGGGUGUUAUAAAAUUGGAAAAUGAAAGGUGGUGCAUGGGACGACAUUAUAAUUUUAACAUAAAGGGAAAGACAUUACCGAGGCUGAAAUAACCCGUAAAACAUAAUGUAUGUGUUGAUAUUUAUUACGCAGUCUAUACAUUAAUUAUUCAUUGUAUAUCACGUAAAAAGAUGAACAUUGUGCGUGGGAGUUUUGUGAAAGAGUAGGUGUGUUUCUUUUUGCACGUUAUCAGAUUAAGAGUUUCUUGGUAAUCUAUUUUAAAGUACUGUAUGUAAUAUUUUGACAUGGCUGUUGACGUGUUUGACGUGUUCCUGUACAUGUGAAUCACAGCUGUACCAUAAUCUUUUAACCCCCCCCUCCCAAUCAGUAUCAUGUUCGACAUCGCCAGGGUUAAAAAUUCUUUUUUUUACAACAUAAACCUGGAGCAGAGUGCCCGCUUUAAAUUGUACUAUACGUUUAUGAUUUUUAGUGUGUGUGUGUGUGUGUGUGUGUGUGUGUGUGUGU